AUGAAUUAUCUACCACCUGUGUCUGUGGCCGAGCACAAAAUGCCUAUCCUGAACCACGAUCUAGAUACUGAAGACAGCGAUCGGCUUCUGAAAGACAGCGAAAGUGUAUAUUCAUGGACAUAUACUGACGGCAAAUACCACGGCAAUCACGGAUUCUGGCGGACUGUCGGACUUACCAUUGUAACAAGCGCCCUGUCUUGCUUGACUGGCUUGUUCAUUGGGUACCAACACCAUCAUAGCGAUGAGAUCUGCUCACGGCGUACUUCGCAUUACUCUACCGUUAUGUCCAAUAUCCCAAUCAGAUACCACCGGCAACGCUUCAACGGGUCCCUGUUGAAAGAUAAUAUCUUUCGCCAGGCCGCCAGCCCCGAAGUAGACGCCGCAUGGGAAUCCCUCGGUGUGAAUUUCCGACCUAUCAGUGUCCCAGUCGAGGACGCAGCCCGCUCUGGUAUCGCGCCAGACCAGGUCCAGAUAAACGAAGCCUACGGUGGUGGAUAUCCAGCGAACGUCGAAGGACUGCAUCAUUUACACUGCUUGAACCUCCUCCGUCAAUCUCUCUAUUACAACUACGACUACUAUCGCUCCCUAGGGACCGGUGCAUUUAAGAACGAAGACUUCAUUGUACGCUAUCAUGUCUCACACUGCCUCGAUAUCAUCCGCCAGCAGCUGAUGUGCACCGUCGACAUCGGUGUUCUCGGCCAGGUCUGGGUUCACCCUGAUAAACCCUCGGCCUUUGUAGACUUUAAUACGGAACACCAGUGUCGCAAUUUCGAGCAAAUCAGGGACUGGGCAGAGAAGCAUCAGCUGCCUGAACAUAUACCGAAGGAUUUCCUCAGGCCACCGCGGGAGGGAGAUCGGAUAUACAACGAGAUUCCGUGA